CCUUCUUGUUACGUAAGCGAGAAUAACUUUCCGUGCUGGGAUUUACACGUGUGACUGUUCCAUUCUGAUAUUUACGCUGCAAUGAUCAGCUUCCGACAAAUUAGGGCAAAAUUCAAAAGGAUUUCCCACCCAAUCGAAUAUGUAAACAAGGAAGAAUAAGAGGAACAACAAUGGAGAGACCGAUUGCACCACAAGCCUUAUCGACUUCGUUCCAGAACCGAGUGAGAAACGAGCAGACUGCUCUUUACAUCGAGGCUGUUCCUACGAGAUCGACAAAGAGAACGAAGACCGUUGUUAAUUAUGCAGAAGUUGAAGAUCUAAACUUUGACGAUGAUAACGACGGUAACUUUGAAACUGGCAGCUAUCGCUCGUAUGGGCAUGGCGGAUUGAGCAACGGUGGCGCAUCGAACAAUGGGCAGACCCAGAACGUUGGUAAACUGGCAGUAAAAACGAGACAUGUACAAUUCUCUGAGAAUGAUCUAAUAAUGAAUGCUCAAAACGAAGAGUUUAUGAUUCCGAUCCGAAUCGACCUGGAAUACAACUCCAACAGAAUAGUGGACUUCUUCAUGUGGAACUUGAAUGAAUCUCUGAUAACCCCAGAGCACUUUUCCCAAAUAACAGGACAGGACAUGGACUUACCAACGUCCAUUCAGCAGCAAAUUGCAUCCUCCAUCAAGUCACAAGUUGAAGAAUAUACGAAUCUCGUGACGAUACAAUUGCCAAAGGAUAUAGAUAUCCAUGUGAUAAUUAACAUGUCAUGUAACCUGGACAAGAACUUAUACGAGGACAAGUUCGAAUGGGAUUUGACAAGUGAGCGUGUAACGCCAGAGGUAUUUGCAGAAUACGUGGUCAAGGAUAUGGGACUCCCUCUAGAGUUCCUCCCAGCAAUCGCACACACUUUACACGAAACCAUACUCAAGUUGAAAAAGGAUUGUAUAGAUGGACGCUUGCCUCAGGAAGUCCUCAACCAGUCUGCGUUUGGAUUCGAAGCUGGUAUCAGAUUAGACCACGAAACCCUAGGUGCCGGAUGGACUCCAAGCGUUGAAGAAUUAUCUACAUGGGAAAUUGAAAAGAGAGAAAUGGAAAGAGAGAGAAACAUCAGAAGAUUGAAGAGAGAAUCCAUGAAAGGAGACGAAGGCUCUCAUAAGAGAAGAAGUUAUAGAAAGAGAUAUGAGGACUUAGAUAUUCGUUAAGCAAUUCUCUUUUCUAUUCUCCAUGAGAUUAAUGGGUCAGGCACGUAUGUUGAUAUUUUUUUCAUCCGAAAAG